UCUUUUUCCCGCCUCGCCAGUCCGCUACGAUUCACAAUUAUACUGCGCGUGCGCAAUAACGGCGCAAUCUAUAUAAGGAUUACAACCCGCAUGCGCUCAGCGACAGUUGUUUUUUCGUUGGCGAAGGGAUGUCGCGCUAUAGCCGUUAUGGUGGAGAAACAAAAGUGUACGUUGGUAACUUAGGAACAGGCGCUGGUAAAGGAGAACUUGAAAGGGCUUUCAGCUACUAUGGACCAUUACGUACUGUGUGGAUUGCACGAAACCCUCCCGGGUUUGCAUUUGUUGAAUUUGAAGACCCAAGGGAUGCUGAAGAUGCUGUUCGUGGUCUAGAUGGAAAGGUGAUCUGUGGUUCUAGGGUUAGAGUGGAAUUAUCAACUGGUAUGCCUCGUAGGUCUCGCUAUGAUAGACCUCCAGCUCGACGACCAUUUGAUCCUAAUGAUAGAUGUUAUGAGUGUGGCGAGAAAGGUCAUUAUGCUUAUGAUUGUCAUCGCUAUAGUCGUCGGAGAAGAAGCAGGUCACGGUCUCGGUCUCAUUCAAGGUCCAGAGGAAGAAGAUACUCUCGCUCACGCAGCCGAAGUCGUGGCAGGAGAUCCAGGUCUGUCUCAGCUCGCAGAUCUAGAUCUCUGUCUCCUCGUAGAUCCAGAUCUGUAUCGCCACGUAGAUCCCGUUCAGGUUCUUUAAAAAGAUCAAGGUCUCGAUCAAGAUCCAGGUCGAGGUCGAGGUCCAUUUCACGUCCCAGAAGCAGCCGCUCUAAAUCACGAUCACCAUCUUUAAAGAGAAGUUUUGAUAUGAGCCAUUUAUAUCCAUUCUCCAUUAAUUCACGCCGUUCACCAUCGGGAAGCCCUCGAAGAAGUAUCAGUCCUGAAAGACUGGAUUAGAAUGGCAAAGAACGUGUUAGGAAAAGUAUUGUUUACGUAAUUUUAAGGGAUUUCUUUAUUGAGAAAUGUAAGGAUUUAGUUCGCUGAAGAAAAUCUUUUCUAGGAUUAAGCAGCAAGGAUCUGGAUCUUUUAGUAAAAUCUGUAAAAGCUGCUACAGUAGAUUAUAGUGCACAAUUUCUUGUAUGUAACAACAUCCUAUGAUCUCAAAAAUGUCUUUUUAUGGGCACAUGAAAUAAAAUGUGUUUCUAACUUUGCUAUAAUGUUA